UCGGGCGGGCUUGUCCAGAACUGGGUUAGGGUUCAAGUCAGUCAGCGCUAAACCCCGCAAAUCCCUUCUCUCUCUUGAAUCUCGUUUCUCUCUCCUCUCACCAAAAACCCUCCAUUGUUUGUUUGUUCCUCUCUCUGAGAGAAAUACCACAAAAAAAUGAGCUCUUGGAAGACUCUUCUUCUUCGAAUCGGCGACAAAUGCCCAGAGUACAGCCCCUCCUCCGACUUCAAAGACCAUGUUGAAACAUGCUAUGGCGUGCUUCGGCGAGAGCUCGAGCCCUCUUCUAAUGACAUUUUGCCCCUCCUUCUUCAGUGUGCUGAACAAUUGCCUCACAAGAUUCCCUUUUAUGCGACAGUGAUUGGCUUGUUAAACUUGGAAAAUGAAGACUUUGUUAGGAAAGUAGUUGAGAAAACUCAAACCAACUUUCAGGAUGCUUUAUACUCGGGAAAUUGCAUCAAGAUUCGAAUUCUAAUGAGGUUCUUGACUUCUAUGAUGUGCAGUAAAGUUAUCCAGCCUAGUUCCCUGGUUGUUGUUUUUGAGACGCUAUUGUCAGCAGCUGCCACAACAGUUGACGAGGAGAAGGGGAAUCCAGCCUGGCAAGCACAAGCUGACUUUUAUAUUACAUGCAUCUUAUCUUGUCUCCCAUGGGGAGGAGCAGAACUAACUGAGCAAGUUCCUGAGGAGAUUGAAAGAGUUAUAGUCGGGAUAGAAGCUUAUUUGAGUAUCAGAAGUCGCGCUUCUGAAAGCGGGCUGUCUUUUUUUGAGGAUGAUGGUGAGAGUGAAAAGACAAAUAAUGAUAAGUGCAUUUGA